GACAACAUUAACCACAUCCUGGCCGACGUGUUCCAGGUCAUGGCGCAGACGCAAAACUACGACAGCGGCGGCCGGCCCUCGCGUGAGGCGCUGGCGCAGGACCUACAAUCCCUCGACACGACGCUCCUCGCGAUGCACCGCACGGCGGCCGAAACCCUGGCCACGGGCCCGGCGAUCCCCGAGCCGCUGUUCCGGUACGUGGAGAACGGGCGCAACCCGGACAUCUACACGCGCGAGUUCGUGGAGCUGGUGCGGCGCAUGAACCAGGUGACGCGCGGCAAGAUGCGCGCCUUCGCCGCCUUCCGCGACGUGCUGGCCCACGAGAUGGACACGGCCAUGCCCGAGCUGCGCGACGACGUGCGCCGCGUCGUCGCCGCCACGGGCGGC